GCUGCCGCCGAAGAGGAGACCGGAGCCGCGAGCGCCACCAGGGCAGCAGCCGCCGCAGCCGCCGCCGCUGGGUUGAGGAGCUGGAGACGCGGGCUGACGAGGUGGCGGCGGCGGCGGAGCGGGAGCGGGGACCGGGCGCGGGCAGAGCGCGGCGGCGCGGGUGUAGUCCAGAGAGCAGUCUUCAGACAUCUUUGCUGUAUUGACUCUGAGCUGUCAGGGGACUCAGGCUUAUGAGGAGGUACUGUCACACAAAACAGUGUCUAGUGAAGACGACAAGAAAGAGGGGAAAGGAUCGGAAAAAGAAGCUAAAACACUAUAGAAAACCAUGAGAUCUAUUAGAUCUUUUGCCAAUGAUGAUCGCCAUGUGAUGGUGAAACAUUCAACAAUCUACCCAUCUCCUGAGGAACUUGAAGCUGUUCAGAAUAUGGUGUCUACUGUUGAAUGUGCUCUUAAACAUGUCUCAGAUUGGCUGGAUGAAACAAAUAAAGGAGCAAAAACAGAGGGCGAGACAGAAGUGAAGAAGGAUGAGGCCAUAGACACCUAUUCCAAGGAUCAAGGUGGUCGGACGUUGUGUGGUGUAAUGAGGAUUGGCCUGGUUGCAAAGGGCUUGCUGAUUAAAGAUGAUAUGGACUUGGAGCUGGUUUUAAUGUGCAAAGACAAACCCACAGAGACCCUGUUAAAUACAGUCAAAGAUAAUCUUCCCAUUCAGAUUCAGAAACUCACAGAAGAGAAAUAUGAAGUGGAACAGUGUGUGGAUGAGGCAUCCAUUAUAAUCCGGAACACCAAGGAGCCCACGCUGACUUUGAAGGUGAUCCUCACAUCCCCUCUCAUUAGGGAUGAAUUGGAGAAGAAGGAUGGAGAAAAGGUUGCGAUGAAGGACCCUCCAGACUUACUGGACAGGCAGAAAUGUCUGAAUGCCUUGGCGUCUCUCCGGCAUGCCAAAUGGUUUCAGGCAAGGGCAAAUGGAUUAAAAUCAUGUGUAAUUGUCCUUCGCAUUCUGCGUGAUUUGUGCAACAGAGUCCCCACAUGGGCACCAUUGAAAGGAUGGCCACUAGAGCUUAUAUGUGAAAAGUCUAUAGGUACUUGUAAUAGACCUUUGGGCGCUGGGGAGGCCUUGAGACGAGUAAUGGAGUGUUUGGCAUCUGGAAUACUACUUCCUGGGGGUCCUGGUCUUCAUGAUCCUUGUGAGCGAGACCCAACAGAUGCUCUGAGCUAUAUGACCAUCCAGCAAAAAGAAGAUAUUACCCACAGCGCCCAGCAUGCACUAAGACUGUCAGCCUUUGGCCAGAUUUAUAAAGUGCUGGAGAUGGACCCCCUUCCAUCUAGCAAGCCUUUUCAGAAAUACUCCUGGUCAGUUACUGAUAAAGAAGGUGCUGGGUCUUCAGCUCUGAAGAGGCCAUUUGAAGAUGGAUUAGGGGAUGAUAAAGAUCCAAAUAAGAAGAUGAAACGAAAUUUAAGGAAAAUUCUGGAUAGUAAAGCAAUAGACCUUAUGAAUGCACUAAUGAGGCUAAAUCAGAUCAGGCCAGGGCUUCAGUACAAGCUCUUAUCUCAGUCUGGCCCCGUCCAUGCUCCUGUCUUUACAAUGUCUGUAGAUGUGGAUGGCACAACAUACGAAGCCUCAGGACCAUCCAAGAAAACAGCAAAACUUCAUGUAGCAGUGAAGGUGUUACAGGCAAUGGGAUACCCAACAGGCUUUGAUGCAGACAUUGAAUGUAUGAGUUCCGAUGAAAAAUCAGAUAAUGAAAGCAAAAAUGAAACCGUGUCUUCAAACUCAAGCAAUAAUACUGGAAAUUCUACAACUGAAACCUCCAGUACCUUAGAGGUCAGAACUCAGGGCCCUAUCCUCACAGCAAGUGGCAAAAAUCCUGUAAUGGAGCUCAAUGAGAAAAGAAGAGGUCUUAAGUACGAACUCAUCUCGGAGACUGGUGGGAGCCACGACAAACGCUUCGUGAUGGAGGUAGAAGUGGAUGGACAGAAAUUCAGAGGUGCAGGUCCAAAUAAGAAAGUGGCAAAGGCAAGUGCAGCAUUAGCUGCCCUGGAGAAGCUGUUUUCUGGACCCAAUGCAGCAAAUAAUAAGAAAAAGAAGAUUAUCCCUCAGGCAAAGGGUAUUGUGAACACAGCUGUGUCUGCAGCAGUCCAAGCUGUUCGGGGCAGAGGAAGAGGAACUUUAACAAGGGGAGCUUUUGUUGGGGCCACAGCUGCUCCUGGAUACAUAGCUCCAGGCUAUGGAACACCAUAUGGUUACAGCACAGCUGCCCCUGCCUAUGGUUAAUACUUUUAAGCAGUUUUCAGCACGUUUAUCUCACUUUAUUCUCGUUCUCCUCGGACCUCCGUAGCCAUAUCACUUGUAUAAAAUAGGCUGAGAUAUAGUGACUGUAAGCUGUGCUCUCAGUGUACAAAGGUAAGCUCUUUUACUUUCUGAUUCAAGAGAAAAGUGAUUGAAAACCAAUGAACACAGCAUGCAUGCAUAUAUGACAAUCAUAUAUGAUGUAUUUGAUCUCUUAGGUGUUAUGCCAUCACAUUACCUUUAGAAAUUUGUAUGAUCUAAAUGUCAAAUAAUUAUUUUCAGCAUUUAAUACCCUUGUGAUUACCUUCUGUUUAAGAGAGACGCUUUUACAGAGCUGAGUGUGUGUGGGGGUGUGUGUAGAACACAUAUGACAUAUACCUGAUUACACACACAUGCCUGUUUAAAUAAAAGAAUUCAGGGUGGAAAGAGUUCACCUAAGAAGACUUUAAUGUCAGGGCACUCUUUUGGCCAAAAUGCUGGAAUUUCAUAAGCAGCAAGAUUGGUAACCAUGCUGGUGGGAUCCACUCGUAUGUAGCUAUUAAGCUGAGGAUCGAAGUGCCAAUUUCUCAAAGAGAGAAAUUUCUCUGAGAAAUGAAAAUCUCUGAUAUGUGUUGUAUGCCCCAAUACAACAGCAGCACGAAGCCAUAAAAAAACAAGCAAUAGAAAUGAAAAAACCAAAACAUUAAGGUAACUGGGAACAUGAUUGAUUGAGGUGAGCUGACUAUGUGCAGAACCAACUUGGGCAAGACUCAGAAUGGUUAAUACCUAGUUUGCAGAGACCAAAUAGAUUUAAGGCAACUCACUUAUCUUUUUCUAGGUUAGGUAGCUAGAUGUUUAUUUCCCGCCUUUGCAACUACCGUGGAGUUUACUUAAAAGAUGUGAGGUUUAGGCCAAAUAUUUUAAUAAGGAUUUGCUUCGUUUAGCGCGUCCCAUAAAUGCAUUUCAUAUGUGUCAGAUGUUCUGUGCUAAGGCUGUAUUUUAUAGAGAGAUUAAAAUGAAUUUUAUGUUUUCUAUUUGUCUCUAAGUAGCAGUUUUCUUUUUAUCACUAACUUGAAGGUUGCUGGAACAACAUUCUUUCCCAUACAGAAUCUUUAUGUACGUUGAAUGUGGCUUUCGCAUCCAUAAAGGUGGUAUGAGGUCUCGAUGACUAGUCCCAGGUACAUUCCAGUUCUGCUCAGACAGCCCAGUGCCCAGGCCGCGCUGGGCCCCUCUCUGAAUACCAGUCAGACAGAGGCCUGCCCGGUGGGAGCGCUUUAUGCCUGAGAGUCUCCUUGUUGGGGGAAUUGGGCAAAUAAUGCGUUAGCAGUAUCAAAAGUGUAUUAUUCAUUUAAUAGUUUAUCUGUACAUUAAUAAUGCGGGCCCUCUGACAUCACUGAAAUGGGCCUCGUUUGGAAAUGCGCCGCUCACUUUAAAUAUUUCCCUGCCAGUUUGGACAGCUCAGAACCAGCUCUGGUUUAUGUUCAUCGACUUCUGUCCACGUGUAAGUGAACUGAAUGAAAUGAACAAUGAAUACCCCAGUCCUUCUGAAACAGCUUUAUGAGACAGAAAAAAGCAAACUGGUUAAUUCAAAUACUCACCAUAUUUUUUUAAUGACAAAUGAGGGGGGUUUACCCUUCUAAUAAAUCAUUCAUUAUAACUUCCCUGUUUCCUAGGCCUCAUUAAUAAUCGCAGUGGAGGUAAAUUUUCAGUCGUGAGUUAGGGGAAUGAACCGCGGAGAUGAUCCCUGCACUGCGUCCCCUGCAGUUAGAGCCCUAAAAGCCAGCGCUGCUGGGAGCAGUUGAAGCUGCAAACAGCCUGCUCUGUGAGUGGUCUGCCCUGAGUGCCGUUGAGCUCAGGCCUGGCCUCCGUGCCGGCCGGGGGCGGAGUUCCCUGUGGUCGUCAGAACAAGGAAGGUUCUGUUUUAGUCAGACUCACACUGAUGCCGCACCACCCAGUGACCAGCGCUGUCUCCGUGUCACCCGGGGGCCUGGAAGGGGGAUGGGUGGUGGUGAGUACCGAGCGCAGAGCCGAAGAACGGCCGUCUGUGGAGGUGGGUUUCAGUGUCGGUGUGAGUGUCUCGAGCAUCCUGCAUCCUGCUGCACGGAGCAGGGAGCUGGUGCUUCUCACAGAGCAGCGAGUCCCUUCCUUUCCAGGAGCAUCUUCCAAAGAGAGUUUUAGGGCAAGAAUUUGAGUUGAGUUAGUUGUAAGAAUAGAUAUCCUUUCUCACAUUAUCAUUUUAGGUAAGAGCUAACAGCUUCCAUUGAUGCCUGAAGAGUGAACUUUGGAGAUUUUUAAAAUAGCACCCUAAUGCAAAUUAGGUUAUGUAAGCUUCACAGCACAGCUAGAAAUAUGGAAUAGAAACCAUGUGGGAAUCUGGACCAAAGAAUCUCUCCCCUCCAGCAAGUUCCCUUGGGGCUUGGGAAUUAGGUGAGUUAAUACACUAAAGUGCUUUGAAUAGUACCUCCUGGGCACGUGGUCGUACCCAGGAACCGGUGACUGUCCUUCCCUUGGUUGGCUGAGGUGACAGUGUGUGAGGGAGGCCAGGCUGUGCUGGCGGUUAGUUAGCGUGGUAGCUUGGAAACAGGUGUGUGGCCUGCUCGGGGGCGGCUGCGUUGGUUCCUCGGUGCCGACAGGUGUGGGGUGCGCCCCGUUGUGGGCACAGGCCUGUCUUCACCAUCUGAAGCCCAGACAGGAAACAGAGCAAACGUUUGGUGGGAGCCGGUGUGAGGAGGUCACUGCGGACCGUGCUGGAUGAAAACGCUCCCUCCGUUCCUGCGGCGGCGGUGAAGCCAUCGGCCGGUCCGCUGCCAGGGCUUCGCAAACGCCCGCUUCGGGAUUGAAGUGUGCCCAAAACGGCUGAGUUUAAAUUACCAACUCGUUGACUCCAAGUUUCCGACCAGUGCUUCAAUGAGAAAAAAGAGUGUGUUUGGUUACAGCUCGCCCCGGAAUCCAACUUUCAGAGUGCACCAGGGUUUGGCAGGUAGAAGGCAAGUUACUAGAAACCACAGACAAAAAAGAGGAGUUUGAGUGGCGUGCCCAGAAGGCUUUUGACUUGGGUGCUUCUCUGAACAGCAUUCCUGCGACUUCUCUCUCCAUUUGCUUCAGCAUUUUGAGGGGAAAAUCUAUACUCGUCACUAUGUAAAGCCUCCCUUCUGUUAAAUUUUUUUUUUAAAUUUUAUUUAUUGAUUUUAGAGAGAGAGAAACAUUGAUUUGUCAUUCCAUUUAUUGAUGUAUUCAUUGGUUGAUUCUUGCGUGUGCCCUGACCGGGGAUUGAACCCACAACCUUGGUGCAUGGGGAUGCCGCUCUAACCAACUGAGCUUCCAGGCCGGGGCCUGUCUGUUAAUUUUAGGGAAAAAACCCAUCUUCCAACCUAUACAUCUGUCUGUCCAUUCUACCCACUUCGCUAUCUAUCUAGGCAGUUGGUAAGUUGCUUUUCAGCAUAAGGAAGAAGAAGUGGGUAGGCGGUGACGCUGUUGAGUGCAGGGCAGACCUCUUCCUGUCCGUUCCGGCCGCCACGUGCCGUCUGUGGACUGCGGGAGCCUGCGAGGGAAGGUGCGGAGGUGCCCCUGUCUGCUGCUAGAGGCGCUGAGUGGGGAGUGCAGAUUGAGUCCCGUGAUGCUCUCAGGUCAUAAAAACUGUAGAUAGGGGCUGAGUAUAUCCUUUAAAAAAUAAGACAGAUUUGCAUUCUGUUCAAGAUAUUUUAAGCCUGAGAUGUUUGUGUAAACUGAUGAACCAAUAGAAGUUACUCCUCUCCUCAGCUGUGGCUGUUUGGUGGAUUCAUUGCCUCGUGGAGCCAGUGUUGAAUGCGGGCCUCUUUUUUACCUCAGCCGGUCAGUUCAUAUUUUAUUAUUUGGUCCUUUUAAGGUGGAUCUUGGUCUUUCUUGGCAGAACUUUGCCGUUUCUACACCGUGCUGGCCCUGCUGGUGGGCAGCGUGGAGACUGCCGUCAUGUGCCUGCCCAUGCGGUUUAAGCAAGUCUGACUAGCACGUCCUAGCUGGAGAUGUACGAUCCCGAGUCACGUGUUUUGCUGCUCACGGACUGCAGGAAGGAACGGGGUUCCGUUGGCUGCUGUGAAGACAUCUCUUAGCACCACCUAGGAGCUCAGUUUUUCUCAGCUUUGUUUCAGUUUCUCCUAUCUUGAUUCUUUUAUACAAUUUGCAUGACUGGUCUCUGCAUUCAAAUGUCAGCUAAUUGUCCUAGGUAAUUAAGUUAACAGUAGCCUUCAGUUUAGGUCAUUCUGGGCUUAUGGGCAGUAGUAGACUGAAGAAGUAGGAAUGGAAGGAAGGAAGGAAGGAAGGAAGGAAGGAGAGGAAAGGAAGAUGCUAAAAAUGGUCUAUUGUGUGCACCAGGCGCUUGGACAGUCUUCGCACACGAACUCCGGAGGUGGUGGUAUCCCUGUUUGACAGGUGAAAAAACAAUGAGGCUCAGAGCUGAAUGCUGGAGUCAAGAAUGAAGCCCAGCUCUGCUCAGAGCCAAAGCCCCUUUCUAGUAGCGUGCUGUGGAUUACCAGUCUGGGAAGGGAAGUGGGGGCAGGGCAGUGGGCGCGGCCCCGUGCAGCUGCAGGGGCCUGAACUCCGGCAGGGGCCUUUCAGGAUCUUUUGAGCUCAGGGCUUAGAAGCUGUCCUAGACUCCUGGGCUGGAACCUGGGCUCUGUCUUCACCCCAUUUUACAUAAGAUGCCCUUGUGUAAAAUAGGGUGGUUUUCUUUCAGACCAAUUGAGAAAGCUUAUUUAACAAACUAGCAAGAUAGACUCGAAGACUAAGGUGUGGCUGUAUAAACUGAGGAAGCUGUUGUAUUUGAAGCUUGUUUUUGUUUGUCAAUGAGAAAUUGAGGUAGACUUUUAUUUACCUAGUCUCUGAGUACACUCUCUCUGGCCUGAGGUUGGUGACGGGGAUGUCUUAAAAGAUCUGAGCCAGACUCUGAAGGAAGGCUGGGGAGGCUUCGUCUCACUGGGCGAGAGGAGGAGGAGCGUGGAGGGGCAGCCGCCCGGGUUUGGGUGGAAGUGCGGGGAGCGAGUGCGAAGGGCAGACCGCAGUGGCCUGUUCCGAUGACCGCAGUGUUCCUAGGCUGGCCUUCAGGGCGGGCUGCCAGCCUGGGGUCAGGAGGCUUCCCCCUGGGUCGGUGGUGCUUGAGCAGCCCUGCCUGGACGAUGGCCUUCGGUCUCUGACUGACUGAGUGGCUCUGGGGACUGGCCUGCUCUCCUGCUGCUGCAGACGCCCCCCGCCGGCUCCUCUGCUGCGCGCCAGCGAGGUCUCCGCUGGGGCUCAGUGGGCGUGGGAAUGGACGCGGAACCCUCUUUCGGGGAAGAUACCCUCCCUCACCCCAAGUCAUCGUCAUCCUUGGCAGCCACCUGCCAUAAUCCUGGAGGGGGGCAAGAGAAAGGAACUUCUUUCUCUGUAUUGUUACUGUUGACACGUUCCCAUUCCCCCACCCCCCACCCCUUUGCCCCUCUCCUCCCAGCCCCCAGGGCCCCUGCCCUCUGGCCAUCACCACCGUUGUCGGCGUCCAUGAGUUAUACACGUAUUUUUCUCUUAUUCCUUGGCCUUCUUACAUCCAUUCCCUCCCUCUUUUAAACCCAGGCGGUACGCAGCCUAGAGCAAUGACUGUGCGUGAGGGAGACUGAGUAUGUGGCAUCUGUGUCGGGGACAGUUUAGCUAAGCCCUCUGCUGGUCACCUCUGCGUGUCCAGCUCCACCCCUGCCACCUGGAGGGGGAGCAGCGCACGGACUGUUCCUGCCUCGCGGACAAGGAGAGGGAGGCCCGGAGACCUCCCGACCACCCAGCUUGCUUGUGGCAAAUUUAGUGGCUCCUGAUUGGUGAAUUUUUAACCAAAAAGAAAAAAGAACAUUUCUCCUACUGUUUUUAGGGUUAACAGAGCCCUUUCAUAGGGAUGAGAUUUGAACUCCACCACAGUUGUGGGAUCUAGAAGUUUCCCUUUUACAGGUGAGGAGAUGGAGGCUUAGCCAAACUAGCUUGCCCCCAGGUACCCAGUUAGUAAGCGGCCGGGCCCCCCCACCGUGGUUGUGGGCUCAGCGCUGGUGGUGUGUGCGACUGGUGCGGACUGCAGCCCAUCCUGACUUCCAGAGCCCUCGGUAAGCUUCCUCUCCCCUGAGGCAUUCUCCUUAACGACUCUUGAUUUGAAACAGAAACAAAACAAGCAAAACCAACCCACCUCUUGCCUUCACCACCGCCCAUGGGAAAAGAAAGGGUUCAGAUGUCACCCAGCUGUUGGUCUGCUUGCUCCUGGGCGGGUCACCUCGGGCAGGCAGCCUGCGCGGGGUGGUGGUGGUUUGGCGCCAGCCUCGUGAUCGGUGGGUCCCACACACCGUCUCUGUGCUACACCGGACCCUGCAGUGAGGUGCAGACCGGGCGAUGCCGCUGGGCAGAGCGCCCGAGGCUGGGACAGCGGGGAGUGUGCUUUCUGGGUCCGGCUGCCCCCACGUUUCCCCACGCGCUCUGAUGCUGGGAUCUCACUGGACCUUCCACUGUGUAGUCUCAGAAACUGCCCCCCUUUCCUGCAUCCUACAUGCUGCAGCGGCUACACUAACAUCGCGGGGGGGGCACACCCUCUGGGGGGCGGCACCUGAGAAACUCAGGAAAGCCAAGAGCCCUUCAGAGUGAGAUUCAGUGAAGCCGAAGAGAACAUGGGCCAUCAGCUACUUUUAAGGGGUUCUAGUUUGUUGUGUUACGUGGCUCCAGAAGGGUCAAGACGGUCUUUGGAAGCCAGCUGGGCAGUGUGAGCUGCAGUGCGCCUCCCGUGUCGGGACAUGGGGCUGCCCUGGGAGUAGGGUGGUGAGGGUGCUCUCCGGGGCGGUUGAGCCAGAGCACAGAAGUACAGAGGAGUUCCUCCCAUGGUGUGACGGGUGAUGUUGCCAAGACCACAGGUUCCCUCUUGGGCACAUGGAUUUAUCCAGAAACGUUCCCUGCCACCUACUGCUACUUACCGGGGUGUUGAAGGAGAAGGAACAGUUAGAGAAAAGGUCCGGGUUUUCAGACAACUGAACAGAAGGUGACAGCACAGACCAAGUUGGAGAACACGGGGUGAGGGGGGGAGAGGACGCUCAGGGCUUGGGAAAGCUCGGCACAGGUCCCGCACUGUCCGGCAUGGAGGGGCCCUGGGAAAAGUCCUCUGAGCUGGGCGGGGCCUGUCUGCCUUGCAAGUGGUGAGAUUGCAGGAAGGGGCCGUGGCCUCCAGGGGCAGCGCAAAGGGCCUUGUUCACGGAGGCCGUCUGGUCGGAGGGUUAAGCAGCAGGUGAGGUGUGGGGUGUAGGGCCACUUCAGCGAUCGUCAUCUUCCAAGACGGGGUGAGAAUUCGGGAGGGCAGGUUUGGAAGGAUCAGAACGGGGAGGCAGAGGCUGUUGCAGAUGCCCGGGUGAGGGAGAAAGGACGACCACUGCGGGUCACUAGGGGUGGGAGAGGCAGGGAUGGCGUUUCCUCAUGGGCCAGGGUCCGCCCCACACCCAGGAGGAAGGUGGGCAUGGCAGCACCCGGGGGGGGGCCCGAGGAGCCCCGUGUGGGGAAGCAGGUGCCUGCCCAAGCCCUGCUCUGGAGCCAAGGUUCAGUCUGUGAGUGGGACCGGGACGGGGGAGGCCGGGGCAGGAGGGAGUGACGGGGUGGGGGGCAUCUCCAUUUGGGCCACCAGUGGGGAUUCGCUGGGCCCCACUCUCUCAGGGAGGGGGCUCUUGUGCUCUGUGUGAAGUGUUUUGGCAACAGGCAGACAGCUUUGUAGGCUGGUCAGUCAGCAUCUCACCCUCUCCCCAAGUUCUGUUCCGCUGAACUCGCCAAAGGGAGCGACAGGUGCUGGGUGUUCUCCACGCAGGGGCCUUGUGCUUUGUAACAAAGCCAUGUUUUGGUUUCUUGACCUGGACAAGGGUUGGAGCUCAUCUGAUCCAACAUCUGUAGGACGUGGUCUCCGGCCAGUGGGAAGGCAGACUUGCUUCCCAGAGUGCUUUCAGGAGGGCAGGAAACAGGAAACUGUGCCGUCACUAGGGCAUUUGUUUGGGGAUAUAGGUGUCUGUCUGGGUCCUGCCCCCGUGGGGUCGCCCUUGACCAGGCGGGCAGGGAGAUCUGGGGAGGGGUCAGGCUGGUGGCCUGCACUUCUGUCUGUGCGUAGCUCUGUUGGGGAGCAGGACUGAAGAGGCAGCUGUGGUUUUGAGUCUUUAGGUUGGACCUAUGAAGGGUCCCAGGUACACUGACAACCCAUCAGCCUUUUGGGGGUAACCAGAACCCCCAGGCCAGGUGUCUAACUAGUGGCCUUUUUGUUUACCCCCGUGGGCCACAGAAUAUCGUGGGGUUUGUUUGAGUGCCACAGUGUGGAAAUACAGGGGAACACUGCUUUAGAUGUGUCCGUGGAAAAACUUUCUGUGAAGGGCCGGCUGCGCCGGACUGUGGCCCUGGGCAGCGAUCUGUAGGUGCUGCCGCGGCGGGAGCGCCUGCCGUCUGCCAGUGCCCACCCAGCCUCCCACAGAGGCUUCCGGACUCCGGACUGGAGUGCGCCCUGGGGAGGGGGGCAGGGGGGCAGGGAGGCCCGUCUCUGCCUGUGAGGACCGUAGCCAACGGGAGGGCUGGCGGCAUAAGACGAAGUGCGGAAGGGGUGUCAGGGAAGUUGCAGGUGGCAGGUGUCCAGAGGAGAGGGGGACCGGCUGAGUCGGGACAGCCAAGCAGGGAGGCAGCUGGGGAGAAGGGGGUGGGCCCGGGGCCGGGCGAGGGAGUGCUGGGCUGAGGACCGCGGGCUCCCGUGCGGGGGCGGUGAGCCAGCAAAAGGUUUUGCUCAGGAUUGUAAAGGGACCACAAGUGCACUUUUGAAAUGUCACUCUGGUCAUGGAAACCAGGUCUCUGGUUACAAAUGGUGUUUUUCAGUUUAUUCUGGACUUGUCAGCUGACAGCUUGGUUCCUGUCAGGGUUCAAGGCCCAGAGUGGCAGUGUUUCCAGCCAGCGGUGUUGGGCUGGUGAGCGCCACACUUUUCAACAGGUAGUUUGACAAGAUCUUCUGUCUCCAGGUGUUUGUUUUGUCGCUGUCCUAAAAACCAUUUAAAAGGGCAAGACAAGUGCAACAUUCUGUCUCAAAUCUAAUUUUGGCCUGGGGCGUUCGUUGAUGUGAGGGUGAAAAUGCCAGGGAGCCCGUCCCUUGCUUCAGACCGAGUCACGUGGCAGGAAAGCUUUACGGAGUACGUGCGCAGGCCUGCGGCCAGCACCUCCAAAGGGGUGGCAGUCUGGAGUUCCAAGAAAUCUACAAACCACCGAGGCAGGGAGCGUGGGGUUCAUCUGGAAGCAGGUGUUGCUCAGGUGCAUCACAGAUGGCUCUAGGCCAGGCUUCCGGGUGGGUGCGGGGGAGACUGAGGCACACCAGACACCCCCUAGGUGCUCGGUGUAGUCGGGGCAGCAGAACGCACCCUAAAGGUGUGCAGUGUUCUCCACUCCCAAAGCACUGUGCCUUCCCUCAGGUUUCUGGGCAAGUGGAUCAAGCUCUCCCAGCUCUGUACUGCGAGCCGGCUUCCUCACGGCCUGUGGACACUCGGGGGCAAGCCAGGAGGUGAGGGGUAGGGCACUGCCCUGAGCGGACAGACAGGUGUGUGGAGGGUAUUAGACAGGUGCACCGUGCUCAGAGGGCAGCCCUCCAGCCCUUGGUGGAGGGUUAGGAGGGUGUUAGGGUGUCUGGGUAGGAAACCACUGAAAACUUAGGGAACUGGAUGCCACCUGCUCUGAGUGAAGUUAGGGCUCGUCUUCGCCGAGAAUCUGUGCCUCUGAGGUGCACUGGCUGCUCUUGGGCUUGUCUGGCUCGCUCUCAUGGGGGAUCUGCCUCUUGCAUUUUGCUGCCUGGUCUUCCUCUUGAGGUGCGGAGGGGCUCUUGGGGGUCUGACAGCAGGUGGGAACAGUUCUGAGGAGCAGCACUCCUGGUGUUUCUAGAGGGGUUUCUGGGCUCGUGGGAGAGAAAAGACCAAGGCUGGGUCUGGCUGUGCUGUGGUGGGGGAGGCCGCCCAGGCCUGUGCUGUGACUCUGCUCUCCCGGGGAGGCUCUGGGGUGCAAGGCCCGAGUCAUCUUCUGACUCCGUUCCUGCUUGGGGGUGGGGCGGGGCAGGGGCAGGUGAAGGUCAGAAAGUUCACUUGCUGGCUCCAGCCGAAGUAUUUCUGCUGCUCCAGUAAGUCAGGUUCUUUUCCUUUUUGUUCAUGGAAGGGAGUUUUAGAUAGCAAAGACACCAUGAAAACAUUCCCUCUCCACAGGGAAUUCAAUUUAGAAAAGUUGCAUUCAAGUGUCCGGCCUCUUUGCCUCUCUUUGGGCUGAGCGCUGCUCCUGUCCUCCUCAAGAAAGGGGAUCCUGCUGCACCCCUGCGGCUUGAGGAAUGUGGUUGGUGGGUCAGUGGCGAGACACAGGGAUCCAGGUCUGCUCGUGGUGCUCCCCCGGCCUCCUCGGGACACCCUCAGUGCCUCCCGUGCUGCCACUGGACAGGUCCUGUCCCUUACCCUAAAGGCACCUCAUGCAGCAGCCCUAUACCGUCAGGCGGGGCUCCCAGUGCACCCCUACUUUGUAGAGGUGACACUGAACAUUGCUUGUUCCCUUGCUGUUUCUCAGCUAUGGGCCCUGCCAUGGCUCUGGGGGAGGUGGCUUAGCUCCUGUUCAUUGCUGACUUCCUGGGCAGAAGGACUUGUUCUUUAGAAUACAGCUGGGGAGCCAAAUCGCAGGCAUCACAGGGCAUCUCCCAGGAAUCACAGGUGGCUCUGCUGUCUCCGUUCUCCAGACUGACUUCCCCUCCAGCAACUCGGGGCAUCUCAGUGAAUGCUUGGUCCAGGUGGGCAUCUUCGUCCCUCAUUGUCUUCUGAGUCAGGAGCCACCUCCCAUGGCAGACACUUCACGCCCUUCAGCCCUUAGCAGUGUUCACCCUGUUUUCUCCCGAAGUAUCUUUGAACUCAGGCCUUUCACCAGGGACCCUCCUGCCGGCCUGGUGUGCUGAACCUUUGGUCUGUGUAAGUGGCUAGUCGGGGUCCAGCUGCAUCCUCAGAAGGCAGGUCUCCUGAGGCUGUCCUCAUUAGGGCGAGGGCACAUUGAGGAACAAGGUGCGCUGGGAAAGGGGCUGGCCUGGGGCUUGUCUCCUCUGUUAGCCCCCCAGCCUAUGCAUCCUGGUCUCCCUGCUGCAUAGUCUUCCUGGAGAGGGGCCUGUAGGACUUGCUUCUCACCCACUCCACGAACAGACAGCUCUGUGGGAGGGUGGCAGCCAGCCUAGCGUGGGGCUUCCCUCCCGGAGGAAGGCGGCCUUGCUCAGACCCGGCGGUCGGGGGUGCCGGAGGCAUGGAGAAGACUAGUGGUCCCCUGCUGCACAGCUCCCACACCCCAGCCAGUGCACUCUCAGCUGUAGCGCUCUCACUCUGGUCUGGUGGUGGCCCAGGUAGUUUUUAGAAAUUUAAAAUACCUAUCUAUUUACUGGUUUUUUUUUCUGAAUACGCAAGUGUAAAUAGUAUAAUUUGCAGUGCAAAGUCCUCGGCAAUAACUUUGUUGUGUACUAUGUUGUACUAUGUUAAACAAACGCUGGAAACCGCGAGCACCAUGGAUUGCCCUUCCCCUCGGGGUAGCGGCGUGUCGGACUCUGAAGCAGCAGCCUGCGUGUGUGGACUGUCACCAGUGCCUCGCCCAGAGAUGCCCGGCCUUGCUGCACAGGGACUCUGCCACCCGACCCCCACAGGCAGCGCCUUCGCACUGACCACAGUGGACUCUGCCCUAGACUGGCCCCAUCUGGCUGCUGCCGACUGUCUGUGCUGACCUGACGUGUUGCGUUUCCCCCACUUGGAUGAAUAAAAAUAAAAGCUUCUGUCUUAA